GACCAUCUAACCGCUACUGCUAAUUCCGAGGUUCUCGUUCAGCAGUUCCAAACAGCAGCACAGCGUAUCAAAGAGCUAUAUAACGUCUCUGAACAUACAGCAUCAUGUCUUAACACAGCCAACCUUUCCCGCCUACUCACUUAGGGAUACCUCAAUGUCUACAAAUACUUCAGAGACGGUGCUUGUCGAGGGACCCACGUCUAGGGACCUCGAGCGACUCGCACAUGCGCUCGAUAACGACGAAGAACAAGACACCUCAUGCGCGCCACCUGUAUCUCCAAUCAAGCCCGAACAAAGUAAAGAUCACGAUCCGUUCGAGGUUACACUUGAGCCCGAGGACGACCCAAAGAAUCUGCCAUCCUGGCGGAAAUGGCUUGUCAUCUUUGUCAUAUCGAUUGGUACACUAUGUGCAACGUCUGCGUCAUCCAUGGCUGCAUUCGCAGAAACAGGAGUUUCGAGUACCUUCCAUGUUGGAAGCGAAGUGGCUAUCUUGGGAGUCAGUUUGUUUGUGCUGGGUCUUGGUCUUGGCCCCCUCCUGAUCGGGCCACUGUCAGAAGUCUAUGGUCGCAACUGGGUAUAUCGCAUCUCCUACGGUCUAUUCUUUGCCUUUUCGUGGGCAGUUGCAUUCGCACCAAAUAUUGCCGUCUAUCUCAUCUUCCGAUUCUUGACUGGCUUCUCUAGCUCUGCAUUUUUGAGCGUAGCAGGAGGCAGUAUCAGUGAUAUGUUCGAUAACUCAAGGAUUGCAACACCAAUGGCCUUUUAUACUGGCUCCCCGUUCAUCGGCCCAGUGCUUGGUCCACUCAUCGCUGGAUUCAUCAAUCAGAACACGAGCUGGCGAUGGACGUUCCGCAUCCUGAUUAUCUGGACCUUCGCGGUAUGGAAUAUGUUGAUAGCUUUCGUGCCAGAAACAUACGCACCCUACCUGCUCAAGAGGAAAGCUGCGAAGCUGCGGAAUCAGACCGGCGACGACCGCUACUGGGCGCCCCUGGAUCACAGGCAGCACUCGCUGGCGCGCUCAUUAAUGCUGAGCUGUUAUGUGCCAUUCGAAUUGCUGGUUGUCGACCAGAUGGCGCUACUGCUCGACCUCUGGAGUGCCCUCAUCCUCGGAAUUCUCUACCUGACCUUCCAAGCAUUCCCAGUAAUAUUUGGCCAAGUUCACCACUUCGAACUGGAGUUUGUCGGCAUGAGCUUCCUUGGUAUUGGCAUCGGCAUGAUCCUCGGCUUGCUCUGCCAGCCACUUUUUAACCGCCACUUGCUUAAAGUCGCAGCUAGGCACGGUGGCCAGACUCCUCCAGAGGCACGUCUCCUGCCAGCAAUGAUCGGAGGCGUGAUGGUCCCCGCUAGUCUCUACUGGCUUGCCUUCACGACCUACAGGAGUGUCCAUUGGAUUGCUCCGAUCAUCGCCUCGAUACCAUUCGGGACUGGUGUUCUCUUUAUCUUCACCUCCGUCUUCACGUACACUGUCACGGCCUAUCGUCCAAUCGCGGCGUCCGCGAUGGCAGCCAACGCUGCAGUGCGGACUACAUUUGCAGCUGCCUUCCCGCUAUUUGCAGGACAGAUGUACCACCAUUUGGGAACGGUUGGCGCGACUGCCUUGCUUGCAGGGUUGACUACUGUUGCUGCUCCUUUACCAUUUGUGUUCCACAAAAUUGGCGCACGACUACGCGCGAAAUCCAAGUUCGCCGCCGCAUAACAUGUCUCAAAACAGCUUUGCUACUGCAUGGAUCUUCAUCGCAUCACUCUCAUCCAUUGCAUGCUUCUAUAAUGAUUGCUCACAUAUUGUCUGUAUAUCGUAAUUGUAAAUGUAUGCACGACCAGAGACUCUGUAUGUACAGUAGAGCAAAGACCAGUCGCUACACAUGUCGUAAUUCGUCCAAUUUGAAUGACCUCU